AAAUUCACAGAUAGAAAAAUUAAGUGCUGAGAUGGAGGAAUUAAAAGAGACGUUAGAGGAAAAAACAAAAGAAGCUGAUGAAAAUAUGGAGAAAUAUUGGAACCUGAUCAAAAGCACGCACAAAUUGGAGGAAGAAAAUGAAAUGUUGAAGGCAGGGUUGCCUUGCUGAACAACAAGUUGCAACAGCCAAAUUCUGGGAAUGAGAAAAGUGUGGCAGAACAGCAAUUGGCAGUUACAUCAAAAGCAGAUGUGCAUAAAAAGCCUGAAAAGAAGUCCCCUGGUCAUUCCAACAGUCGGCAAACACAUCUGAAAUCUCCAGACGUGAGCAAUAUUUCAGGACUUUCUAGGGAUGCCCCAAUGAAAUUGGGUGUAAGCAAAAGUCACAAAAGGUCUCCAGAUGGUCAGUUUAAGAACGCCACUAAGAGGUUUAGAGGAGCUGAGUCCAAGAAGGAGGAAGAUGAAUUGAAACCAGAGGAUGUUCAGAAUUGUUUAAAGCAGACCAGAUGUGGUGAAGCACAAGAUGCAACUUCAUGUAAACCAGAAGGUCUUCCAGAAAAAGUUAAGAAGGGUUUUGUGGAAGUUCCUUCUCCAUCAACUAGCCCUUACACAUUGCGUAGAACUACCUUAUUCAACAGGGCUAGUUCCGUUCUUGCAGCUCAGAGCAGGGUAUCUCCACGUGGGCAUAAAGGAGUCGUACAAACUAGUAGGAAGUCAGAAAUGACAGCAGAAGGCAGCCAUAUACACCAGCAUCCAACUGAAUCUACGUGUUCGCCUCCAGCAUUAUUUCCUGGUCCAGUACCGGCUGUGGCACAGUCACCUCUAUCAUCUUUAACAAAUAAUCCAAAGAAGAAGAGCUUUGUAAAUCUUGAUGGGGAACAAUCACAAAGCAGAUGCUCAUUGAAUGCAGAAAAAAUCUAUAGAACAAAAGAACAACACAAGGAACAAAUUGCAGAGACAGAAGGAGAUGGAAACUGCAAAGUACAAUAAUUGAUGCAGUAGAAAUUGCAGACUGCCUGCAAGUGUUAUAAACUUCCAACAGCAGGACUGUACAUUUUCUGGAGGGACAAAAUGGAUAAUACCAAAACUGACUGAAAAAUGUGCACUCAGUCAGGCCAGAUGGUGGUAAACUUAGAGUAACGGCAACAACUUGCAUUUAUAUAGCAACUUUAAUGUGGAGAAACAUCCAGUGCAUUAAAAGAUCAAACUUGGUCAAAACAGAACUGUUAGAUUAAUAAGAUUCUCUUCAGUAAUGACGAUUAAAACUUCUGUACAUUAUGAUUGCGUAUCACAAAGAUUUUAUACACAUCAUUCAACUUCAAUUUAAAAAAAAUAAUUUGUAAAGGAAAAUCAUGGACCUAUUGUGGGUUCCAUAAAUUCUGUAAUAAUCUUUCUGGAUCCAUCAUGCAUCUGAUGCAUUGACUUAUGGAGAAACAUAAAACAUGCACGGUGAUGAUCGAUGGUGUGCAGUGGAUUCCUGAACGUCAAUUCCAUGAUUUUGUUAAGUUUCAUGUCCUUUAUAAUUAAAUAAUUAUCUAGAGCUCCAGCUCCCCGGACUGGAUAAUGCUAAGCCCUCCACUCACUAACUUCCAGACUGCAUGCCCACCUAAACCGACCCAUGAUGACCUGGACUCCGUGUUUUCCAUUGUGUGUUCCCCACUGCUGAAUUGCACAAAGGAAAGGAAUUUGAACCCAUGUAGGGACAAAAAAGCCUGAUCUGUAAUGUGUGACUUUGGACCUCCUACUGCAAAAUUUUGUAGUGAAGACCUCAAACAGAAUGUUGAUUUAACCUGCAGUAUGCCAUUCAUUUGUGGUCUGGUGCCUUUCUAGUCCUAUUUUUAUAAACCAUUCUAGUGUUAUAAUUUUCUUCAAAAUAUUUGUAAAUUUUUUGUUGUCCCUUUUUUCUCAUGGUGGGGGAAACAGGAGCCUUUGACAUAUAAAACUGCCCCAAAAAGAUCAUUUAGAAUUCUAUAAAUGUUUAGUGAUUCCUGUAGCAAAUGAGCUUUCUUCAUUGAUAUUUGUUUUUAAAUUUGCAAAGCCAGUUUACAUGAAAUUUUAUUAACAAUAAUAAUCAUCAUUUUGUAUAAAAUAUUGAUUUUCCCAUUUUUUAAUACUGGUUUUAUUUGUAGAUGCUAAGUCAGUUGUGUUUUUGUUACCAUAAUGCUCUGAAGUAAGAUAUAAUAGCUACAAAUUUUUGUCAUAUUCUAAUAUUUGUAUACAACUUGUACAGAAUUGAAUUAAAACUAAUGUCAAUUGCAAUUGUAGCUGAUUUACUUAAACCAAUUUACUAAAUUCAAUU